CCAUCACUGGCCAUCGCACCAUCCUCGACGUCACAAAAUCCCAGAGGUCCUCCUCGGCCGUCUCUGUUGCAUUGUUGUCCUUUUGUGUCGCCGCCCCCAGAGUUCGCGGGCUGAAUAUGUUCUAAAGGGCCUGUGAAUGCCUGUCUCUGGUCUGGGCCAUGCAGCAAUAUCAUUACAAUCCUCACAAUCACCAGAGAUGGACAGCCGAGGCGCCUCGAGGUUGCUCGAGGAGCCACCCCCGGGCCCCGACCGAAGAUUGUUCCCCGACAACGAUGCGUCGAUAACACUGAAAAGACCUGCGUCCCAGGCGCAGAAGCCACUGGAUAAGCGCAGCCUGGAGUAUAUCCUACGCUCCGGGUUGGCAGGUGGAUUGGCAGGAUGUGCGGCGAAAACUGUUGUCGGCCCUCUUGACCGGGUAAAGAUCCUCUUCCAGGCCUCGAACCCUCAAUUCGCAAAAUACACGGGCAGCUGGUUCGGCGUGGUGACUGCGAUGCGGGACAUACACAAGCACGAGGGAGUCCGGGGUUUAUUUCGUGGACAUUCAGCAACUCUCCUGAGGGUCUUCCCCUACGCCGGGAUCAAAUUCCUCGCCUAUGAGCAGAUAAGAGCGAUGGUCAUUCCGGACAAAAUCCAUGAAACGCCAUUCCGUCGGUUUAUAUCUGGCUCGUUGGCCGGGAUCACGUCGGUCUUCUUCACCUACCCUCUCGAGGUCAUCCGUGUGCGAUUAGCUUUCGAAACCAAGCGCGACUCUCGUUCGUCUUUGACUAGAAUCUGCCGACAAAUCUACCACGAACAGCCUCCGCAAGCAGAGAAUCUUGCUAGUCACAACCCUGUUGCGGCCGCCACGAGUGCGGCGCACAGAGCUGUGCCAAAGUCCGGGCUUGUCAACUUCUACCGCGGGUUUUCCCCGACUUUGCUGGGGAUGUUGCCGUAUGCUGGAAUGUCGUUCUUGACACAUGAUACGAUUGGCGAUAUAUUUAGGCAUCCUGUCCUGGCACCAUACACCGUGCUACGCUCAACAUCUACCGCUGCAACCCCUCCGCCAGAGGAAAACCAGUCUAAUGCUAAGGUCUACCGACGGGCUCAAUUGAAUGCCCCGGCAGAGCUGACUUCAGGCGCGAUAGCUGGCCUGGUUUCCCAAACCUCCUCUUACCCGCUUGAAGUGAUCCGGCGAAGAAUGCAAGUCGGGGGUGCUAUAGGUGAUGGCCAUCGCUUGACUAUCGCCGAAACAGCGCGUCGGAUUUGGUUAGAAAGAGGUUGGAGAGGGUUCUUCGUCGGUCUUACCAUUGGCUAUGUCAAGGUUAUACCAAUGGUCGCCACAAGUUUCUAUGUCUACGAACGCAGUAAAUGGUUACUGGGAAUUGGUUGAUGUUUGAGAAAAGUCUGCGGAUCGUGUUUUGGCUAACCUCGGGGCUUUGGUGGCCAAUACUGAUCUACCCGCCGUUUCCUUUUUUUCUCGCUAUAUCUUACCCAGAACCAGGGCAGCUGCGCGACUUCUUCCAAGGCGGACUAUGAUGGCUUGUGAAAGUCCCAGUCUCGAGCUGAAAGGAGAAGCAGGCAAGAAUGACUGGAAGGCGACAACUGCACGGCAGCAACUGACAUAGCCCUGGUGAGCGCUUGAGAGCCAGCCCGUUUACCGUCAUCCAAUAUCACCGUGGUGCCUGGGACGGUCGUGGUUGUGCGAUGGAUUUACGGCUUCCCUUGCACCAGUGGUGCCUAUACUUUUACAACUAUUUUGGACUCCAAAAAGGCACGUCCUAGGAGUUCCUCUACAGGUCAGAUUUGGUAUCAAUAUCAUGAAAGGAAGAGGUCCACAGUUCUCGACCACGAUGAAGCUGGGGCACAUGGACGCAGCGAUAUUUGCACGGGUCUCAUCUGAACCUGUGGGCUGGAAAUUACAUCUUGUCGAUGAGCUUGUGGUCGAAAAGUCUCUCGGCGUCUUUGGCGUUGCACCUAGCUCGUGUGAUGCCCCUUUUUGGAUUCAGAAGCACAGUCUUGUGGCGCAUUCGGAUGUACAAAUUAGCAGCCCAGCAUGAUACGGGGUUCAACUCCCGCCUGGGAUUUUCAGACGCUAUAUCUUUAACUACGCAUAUUAUCGAAAUGAAGCGAGCGUGGA